AUAAAACAUCAAUUUAGUGAUUUAACUCACGUUGUCAUAAAUACACUUACCUUUUAUUUCAGAUUGUAAUCCUAUAAAUAAAUUUACAGUUUCUACAAUUAUUCAAUUUGAUAAAUAAAGUUUGGAAUAAGUAACGAUAGUAAUAAACAACCAAAAUUUUUAGUUUCCUUUUUAAAAUACCACUUGAGUUUGUAUCAGAACAAAUAAAUUAAAGAUGUUACACAACAGAAAUAAGCCUGGUGGUUACCGCCCAGCAAAACUUUUAAAAUUAGAAGGCAUGGAUGCUAGUAGCUCUGUAAGCUCUGAUAUUGUUAUAAUUCAUGGAAACUCUCAUCCGGAAUUGGCUAACCUAAUCGCAGAACGACUAGGCGUCAAAUCAGAUGCUUGUUCAGUAUAUCAUAAAACAAAUCGAGAAACCAUGGUCCAAAUAGGAGAUUCUGUCCGCAGUAAGAAUGUCUACAUUAUUCAAACAGGAACGAAAGAUGUGAACAACAACAUUAUGGAACUAUUGAUUAUGGCGUAUGCUUGUAAAACCUCUUCAGCUAAGUCCAUUGUUGGAGUUAUUCCGUAUUUACCUUAUUCAAAGCAAUGUAAAAUGCGUAAACGAGGAUGUAUUGUGACAAAAUUACUUGCUAAAAUGAUGUGCAAAUCCGGUUUAACACACGUCAUAACAAUGGACUUGCAUCAGAAAGAAAUUCAAGGUUUUUUUGAUUGUCCUGUAGACAACUUGCGUGCUUCUCCAUUUUUACUUCAAUACAUUCAAGAGAAUAUUCCGGAUUUUCGAAAUUCAGUUGUUGUAGCUAGAAAUCCAGCUGCUACAAAAAAAGCAACUUCAUAUGCUGAACGUUUACGUGUGGGAAUCGCGGUAAUUCAUGGCGAAGAAAAGGAAGAUGAGAGUGAACAAAUUGACGGUCGAACUUCGCCACCAGUAGCAGAUAAAAGUCUUCGUAGCCGUGUUUAUGAUGUCCCAGUAUCAGGAGUCCCAUUGUAUCCUGCAAAAGAGAAACCUCCGAUUCAGGUAGUUGGAGAUGUACGUGAAAAAAAUGUCAUAAUGGUCGAUGAUUUAUUGGAUGAUGUCCAAUCGUUCGUUGUAGCAGCAAAUACUCUUAAAGAUGCUGGAGCAAAAAAAAUCUAUCUUCUUGCUACGCAUGGUUUACUCAGUUCCGAUUCGCCAGCACAAUUAGAGGAGUCAUCAAUUGAUGAAAUAAUUGUAACUAAUACGAUUCCACAUGAAUUGCAGAAAAUGAAAUGUUCCAAAAUAAAAACUUUGGACAUUUCAAUUAUGCUAUCAGAGGCGAUCCGAAGAAUACAUAAUAAGGAGUCUAUGUCAUAUCUAUUCAAAAAUGUAACGUUAGAAGAUUAAAUUUAAAGUCAAAAAAUAUGUUUAUCUCAGUUAUUUAAUCAAAAUACAUUCACUUAAUAGUUUUUAUUGAAAGUAUUCUAUAUUUUCUCUUAAAUAUUAAAAGCAUUUACACGAACAUUAUCCUACCUAUUCAAAAUAAUUAUUCUCCAAAUAAAUUUCUUAUCAUUUUCACUUUACAAUUAACUGUUUUAUUAAAAAGGGAAAAAAA